AGCCCAGCGGUCAUCUCCCAUUCCCAAGCCAAGGAAACAAAACACUCCACCCAACGCUCCCGAUUCCCCACCCCACCUCGAGCCGCCACCCACCUUCACACCUCGCCGCCGGCAAUGGCGAAUGCUCUGCCCCCCACCCUCUCCUCUCCCCUCCCCUUCCCCUUCCCUUCCCCUCAUCAGAAGAGAAGAGAAGAGAAGAGAAGAGGGAGACCGAGCACGCUGGUUCCAGAUUGCCCACGGGCAUCAAGGGCUUCAUCCCCGCAAUCGCGGCCAUGGCGCUCCCGCCGCAGCUCGAUCCAGGACCUUCCCCGAGGGUCCUCCACGGGCUCCCCGCAGCUACAAGUGACGGCGGCGGCGGAUGCGACUGGAACCCUACCUAGCCGACGCGGCUCGCUCACCGGCGCCGCCGCUCGUGCUCGUCUUCCUCGGCGCCAGACUCAUCACCAACAAGGACGCAGCCUCCUCUCCGGCGUCAGGGAUGCCGCUGGAGCCCCAAGGCGCUACUGCUACACUUGAGGCUGAUUGGAAUGCUAAGUUUGCACGGCAUGAGCACAAGCACACAGAAGAUGCCGGGGCCUUGAAAAGUAUUAUUGCCUGCUGGCUGGGCUGACGCUCUUCCUGUAAGUGCUUUGCCAUAUUUGCUUGUGAUACUUUACCUGAUAUGUAAAAAAAUGAGAUCAAUCACUAAUGGUAGACUGUUUUGAUUUGUCGAGCAUUACACUACAGAGAGCUCCGCAGAUGCCACUAGGAAUAAACCGAUUGCUCGUGUGUGGAAGGCGUGCUUGACCGCAGGCCACGCGCCCUCGUCACCUUGCUGCCAACGGAUUUGGCAUUACCUGGCCAUUAGGCUCCCUGACCCGGCCACUAGAAGCUCCCCGCUCCUCUCCCGGUGGCAGUGGUUUCUCCGACUCCUGCCGCUGCCAACCUAGCUGGUCUCACGGUGCCUGGCCAUUUCUUCGAGAACCAUCAUUUGUACUCCCUCCGUUCCAAAAUAGAUGACCCAACUUUAUAGUAAAGUUAAUACAAAGUUGGGUCAUCUAUUUUGGAACGGAGGGAGUACUAGUGAGUCAUGCUAAUAUUAGGAUUUACAGUCAAACAAUAACACUAAAAAAACUGUUGUGGGUUCUACACGAGAACCUUGUAAAUGCUUCAGUUUUGGGAAGAGAGAAUCAGUGCAUGAUUAGGCACAAUCUUCUUGGUAGUCUGCCGAUGUUGUGAUUGUUGUGUUGUAUAUGAAUACUUAAUUUGGAUGUUUGCCAAAAUGAAGUGACAAAUACACGUAUUUUAUAGUGUGCA